UUUAGCAAAAUAAGUCUAUUUUGCAAAUUUUUCCAAAUAUGAAUUAUGUCAAUACGAACGAUACAAAAUUGCAAUCUCAUAGAAUAAAAUUCUCCACGACGAGGAUUAGGCAUUUGCACGCUACUUCUUCUGGGCUACUGGGCCAAGCAUUCGGAAAGCCUACAAACCUCCAAGCAGACUGCAGCGGCAAAAGAUCACUAUAUUUUUUUUUCCUCCUCUCUCCAGAAGGAAAAUUUCUGGCGGCAUCGAAAUCGUUCGAAGUUCUGAUGGAGGAUUUGCAGAGCGCUCUCUCGUCUCGUGGCCUGGCGGUCUCCUCGAUCCCCGGCAAAGGCCGCGGUCUCGUCACCACCAAAGACUUUACCCCCGGGGAUGUUAUUAUCUGUCAAGAGCCCUAUGCAUCUUGUCCAAACAGGUCUUCUGGCGGUUCAAUCUGUGAUGGAUGUUUUGUUUCAAAUAACAUAAGGAAAUGCUCAGCGUGUCGGGUUGCCUGGUAUUGCGGGAAUAAGUGCCAGAAAAAUCAAGAUCAUGGCUGCGAACCCAGAUUGUCCUUAAUGACACUACUAUAUGUCACUUGGUGAAUGGAUAAGGCUACCCACCUUGGGUUGGAGAGUGUGAAAUGCAGACUAGCACGUUUUAGACAGAAAAGCAUUAUCGGGCAGAAGUAUAUACAACUCAGAUAAGAAAGAUGGAUGAUCUUACAUCAUCAGAAAUCAGAAUGGAAAUUGCAUCAACUAGAAUGCCAAGCUCUUGCAGCGCUGACUGAGGACAGGAAAAAAAUGCUUACUCCUACUAUACGACUAAUGGUGAGGCUUAUUCUCAAGGCAAAACUGCAGGAAGGGAAGGUUAUUCCGACUACUCCAAUGGAUAACUAUGGCUUGGUGGAUGCAUUGGUUUCUCAUAUGUCUGACAUCAAGGAGGAACAAUUAGUGCUUUAUGCUCAAAUGGCUAACCUUGUUAAGUUGGUGCUUCCUCACAUGGAGAUUAACCUCAAGGAGAUAACGGCUAACUUCUCAAAGCUAGCAUGCAAUGCACACACAAUAUGUGAUAGUGAGCUCAGACCCUUGGGAACUGGACUUUAUCCUGUAAUUUCCAUCAUCAACCACAGCUGCAUACCGAAUUGUGUUUUGGUAUUUGAAGGGCGUCUAGCUAUUAUUCGUGCUCUGGAACCUAUAGCUAAAGGUAAAGAGAUCUUGAUUAGUUAUAUAGAAACUGCUGCAACCACGAAGACGCGGCAAAAUGAUCUCAAAAAGCAAUAUUUCUUUACUUGCAACUGUCCUCGCUGUACUAAGAGUCCAUGUGAGGAACUUAAGGAAGAUGCUCUUCUUGAAGGCUAUAGAUGUAAAGAUAGCAAAUGUGGUGGCUUCUUGCUUCAGGACUCUGUGAAGAAAAGUUUCACGUGCCAGUAUUGUGGUCUUUUUAGGGAUCAGAAAGAGAUUAAAAUCAUUGCUGGUGAGGUAGAAAGAAUAUCAGAGAAGGCUUCAAGUAUUUUGUCAUGUGGAAAUUUCAUUGAAGCAAGCACUAUGUAUAAAACAAUUGAGCAACUCGAAAGGGAGCUGUAUAAUCCAGAGUCUAUCAGAUUGCUACGAACCCGUGAUACUCUUCUAAAGAUACUCAUGGAGCUAAAAGACUGGGAAGGUGCACUAACGUAUUGUAAAUUGACAAUUCCAAUUUAUCAAAAAGUUUAUCGAGAAAUUCAUCCAAUGCUUGGCUUACAAUAUUAUACAUGUGGAAAACUAGAAUGGUUACUGGAACAUACAGAAGAUGCUUUGAAAUCCUUCACUCAAGCUGCUGAUAUACUUCGAGUUACCCAUGGAACCAGUAGCCCUUUCAUGCGGGAGCUAUUAAGCCGACUAGAGGAAGCCAGAGCUGAAGCUUCUUAUAAACAAUCGGCCAAUGGCGACAGAAUGAUCGAAGAUUGAUCGAGUUAUAACUUUUCUUGUACUCAAAUAAUGGCCGAAUCAUAUUUAUUUCCAGAGUUCAUUGACUGCUGUAUUCUAUCAUGUUGGAUAGCUGUAUGUGAAAAUAUUAAUUUAUGUAUUUUCAGGUUUGUGAUUUGUAUAUAUCUGUGUAAGAAAA